AUGAUCUUCCACAUCGCGCUCACCUGUUUGGUGUUACAUGGACAGGUAAAUGCCCAGCUGGGGCUAGGUUCUAUUCUGGGAGGAGGAGGAGGUCAAUCAGGCGGUGGUGGCUUACUAAGUUCUCUUCCAACUAAACAACUCACGGAUUCCUUGACCGGAGGUGGUCAAUCAGGCGGUGGUCUUCUGGGCUCUCUUCCAACAAAACAACUAACAGAUUCCCUCACCGGGGGUGGUGUUCUCGACUCUUUGCCGACCAAGCAAGUCACGGAUUCCCUCACCGGAAAUGGUCUACUGGGUUCUCUUCCGACCAAACAAGUUACAGAUUCACUUUCCGGGGCAACAGGGGGCACUUUGGACAAUGUUCCAGUUGUAGGGAACAAUGAUCGUAAUAAUGACGAAAACACGGAACGCAGAUCGUCUGAGUCAAAUGUUGAGAGAAGACCCAAUCAGUCUGCAUCGUCUGCAUCUACAGGAUCUAGUAACCAAAACAUCGAAACCGUCAAAAACGUUACAUCCAUUGAGCCAGUGAGCGAGUCGACUUCUGGUAUUGAAUUGGACCUUCUAAAGUUAAAAACCCCAUCAAAGGAAACUGUCCAAGAACUGACAAAAAGUGAACGUAAAGUUUUGAACCAAAUCAGUGCAAAUGGGUCAACGGACACUACAGAGACGAUUGAAGAGGUAUCGUCUACUCAACCAAUCACUGAAACGCUAUCGGCCCUUGAAAUAGCCCUCCUUAGUUUGAAAACUCCGUCCAAGAAAACGAAGAAAGAAUCGAGUUUUAGCAGCAGCAGUACGGUAAGGCAAGGCGGUGAUUCACAGUCAAACGGAACACCAGCACCGGCGACGGAAUCUAAGUCAAGCAGUCGUGACACAAUUAUACGGGACAGGACUUCACAGGCAAACGCAGAAUCCCGAACACAGGGUCCUGGUUCUCCUGCCGUGAACCAACCAUCCACCACUACCGAACCUGUAACCACUGCAUCAACCCCAACAACAACAACAACCGAAAGCGUACAAACCCAGAAUCCUCAGCAGACAACAACAUUCCAACCGGAAGUAGUCCAGGAUCUUCAACAAGGGACAACAACCCCAGACCCAGUAUCCCGCUUAGCCCAGAUUCUAGAACCGAGUGCAACUACCCCAGACCCUGUAUCCCGCUUAGCCAAGAUUCUAGAAGGGAGGGCAACUACCCCAGAGUCAGUGACUAGUUCAGCCGGAAAUGUCCAGUCUGUUGCGACUACUCCAGUACCACUUACUACACCAGUACCAGUAGGAAGCUUGAUCCAGACUGUCCAGCAGGCAGCAACUAACCCAGGAUCAGCGACUGGAUUAGCUCAGGAUCUACAGUCUGCCUUACCAGUAACGACGCCUGCCGCAGUGGCUGACGUGGUCCAGAAUCUUCAGCAAGCUGCAACAACACCGAGUUCGGUAUCAGGUUUGGUUUCGACUAUCCAGCAGGCAGCAACUAGCCCGGGCUCAGUGGCAGGAUUAGCCGGGAACCUUCAGUCUGUCGUAACGACACCGGUACCACUGACUACCCCUGCAGCAGUAGGCGACUUGGUCUCGACUCUUAGGCAGGCAGCGACGACACCGAGGUCAGUAUCUGGCUUAGUCCAGACUAUCCGGGGGGCGGCGAAUAACCCAGGAUCAGUGGCUGGUUUAGCCCAGUCUGCCUUACCAGUAACGACGCCUUCCGCAGUGGCUGACUUAGUUCAGAAUCUUCAGCAAGCUGCAACAACACCGAGUUCGGUAUCUGGUUUGGUCUCGACUCUUCAACAAGCGGCAAAUACCGGUAAUCUAGGAUCGUUGGCUGGUUCAGCACCAAAUCUGCAAUCUUCAGUAACUACGGCAGUUCCAUUGACUACCCCAGGGUCAGUAUCUGGAUUGGUCCAAAAUCUCCAACAAGCGGCGAAUAACCCUGGAUCAGUCGCUGGUUUAGCCCAGAAUCUUCAGUCCGUCGUAACAACUCCCUUACCAUUGACGACUCCGGGAGCAGUGAGUAACUUGCUUCAGAACCUCCAGUCAGCAGCCACUACACCAGAGGCAUUAAAUGCAGCAAAUUUACCUGGUGUUCUUCAGAAUCAACCGGGGCCAAACCAACAGAAUUUGCCAACAACCACCCCAGGCGGCGUCAUAUAA